AUGUUUAGUAUAUCAUCGACGCCCUACGUCUGCGCUCGAUGUCUGUCGCCGCAAGCGCGUCGCCUUUACGCAACCGACUCUGCUAGCAAGACUGCACCGCAGUCGCCUCCGCCAUCUGGAGCCGCAAAGCUCUCGAACCGACGUCUGAUCUCUUUACACGGCCAGGAAACACCCAAGUUUCUGCAAGGCAUCAUAACCAACAAUGUUCGCCCAGAAUCUGCGGCCGGAUUCUACGCCGCCUUCCUGACAGCGCAAGGAAAGGUCCUUCACGAUACUUUCGUCUAUCCUACUCCAAGAAGUCAAUGGCAUAAGCAACAAGGGCCAGAGGACGAUCCGGGAUAUCUAGUGGAAGUUGAUGCUGAACACGCAGACUCGCUGAUGAAGCAUCUAAAGAGACAUAAGCUGCGAUCGAAAUUCAAGCUACGCUUGAUCGAACCUGACGAGCUAGGAGUUUGGAGUUUGUGGCGCGAGGGUGAGCGGUGGACAGCGCAUGGACAGCCAAAGACCGAUGAAGGAAUCAUAAGUCUCACUGAUUGUCGCGCUCCUGGAAUGGGCGAACGUCUGAUUCUGUCAGAUUUGCAGGUUGAGGAUGCCUUAAAAGAGGUAGAGCAGUCUUCUUUGGAAGCGUAUACAAUUCGGCGUUAUCUGAGAGGCGUGCCCGAGGGUCAAAAGGAAAUGCCGAGAGACGACUGCUUGCCAAUGAAUUGCAACAUUGACAUUAUGGGAGGCAUCGAUUUCAAGAAGGGCUGCUAUGUUGGACAAGAACUGACCAUUCGCACACAUCACACUGGCGUCGUACGCAGAAGGAUACUCCCGGUCAUCCUAUAUGAGCACUGCAAGGACGCUCCCGAGAUAUUGAAGUACGAAAGCUCAUCGGCCACGAGCGCGGCUACGAUGGCCGGCCUCGAGAUCAAACGGAACGACAAGCGAAAGCGGAGCACAGGCAAGCUCAUUUCAGGAAUUGGUAAUAUCGGCCUUGGCAUGUGUCGGCUGGAACAAAUGACCGAUUUGAAAGUCAGCAGUGAGCCAAGCUCUUUCCAGCCGGAGGAUAAAUUCUUGCUUCAAACUGGCCAGGGCAAAGAGUUUGGGGUGAAAGCAUUCGUUCCAGACUGGGUACGAGGCAGCAUUCGUGAGCCCAAAAUGCAGAAACGAGUCGAAUAA